AAUCGCUCAUUACUCAUGUCAAACCGCACAAUCAAAUUCCUAACCUCCCCAUCCAUCAUAUCCACGCCGACGAGCGUUCUCCCCGCGCUCAACCACGAGAUCUCCCCCGACGAGUGGCCUGGGGUGUACGCCGAGCUCGUCCAGGCGUUCAAGCUGAUCGACAGGGACGAUGACGGUAAGAUCAGGAAAGAGGAGCUGGAGGCGCUGUUGAGCCAGGUGGGAGCCGAGCCGCCCACCAGGGAGGAGCUGAGGCUGAUGCUGAGCGAGGUGGAUAGGGACGGCGACGGUUGCAUUAGCCUCGAGGAGUUCAGCGUGCUCAGCUCCGCCUUCGCGCCGCCGUCGUGCGACUCCGAGCUGCGAGACGCCUUCGACUUCUUCGAUACGGAUCACGACGGGAAGAUAACCGCGGAGGAGCUGUUUAACGUGUUCAGAACGAUCGGCGACUCGCGGUGCACGUUAGAGGAUUGCCGGCGCAUGAUAGUUGGGGUCGAUAACAAUGGCGAUGGGUUCGUAUGCUUUGAGGACUUCUGUAGAGCAAGAGAUGAGUUCUUGAUUUGGAUGAAAACAAAACAAAACGGAGUUUCUUUUUCUUUAAAUUCUUCUUUUGGAGCAUGUCAUGUGGUCACUAAUAUUUGUAAUAGGGUUCGGAUUUUCGUAAAAACGGAUCGAAACUACCAGAUGCAUCCUUCAGUGAGAAGUGGUUUCAACUUUCUACUUUGCCACUACUGCCCUUGUCUAUAUGUACUGGAUUUUCCACCAAUCAACUGA